AUGGAGUACUUUAUGGAGACAGAAGAAAUCAUUCCCAGCAGCCAAUUUGGUUUUAGGAAAGGUAAAUCAUGCCAAGACAACAUAGCUAUGCUAACAACUGAAGCCUACAACGCAUUCGCUAAAAAGAAAAUGAUAGGCCUAUUACUCAUAGACUUUGAAGGAGCAUAUGACAACAUGAAUUCUCAGGUACUGGUCGACAUCAUAGGAAAGAUGAGAAUACCCCUAAAAAUAGUAAAACUAAUAGCCAACCUCGCAGGUGAAAGAACUGUAAACUUUUACCGAAACGGGAAAAUAAUAGACACCAGGAGAAUAAAAAAAGGAGCAGCACAAGGUAGAGUGACAAGCCCAAUUGCCUUCAACACAUAUGUAAGAGAUAUAGACAAACACAUAGGACAAAAAUGCAAGAUAGGCAUGUACGCGGAUGACGCGGGACUAUACACAGUCGGAGACGAUGAACAAGAUUGCAUAAACAACUUGGAAGACGGUCUUAGACACCUCCAACCCUGGCUAGAAAUAAUAAAUCUCAAAAUAUCAAUAACUAAAACAAAACUCAUGAUUUUAAGCAGGAAAAAAAGACUUCAAGGAGGAAUACAGGUCAGAAUAGACAAUGCAGUAAUUGGAAGAUCAGAUACUGCGAGAUUUCUAGGAGUAAUUCUAGAUACUAAACUUAAGUGGAAACCUUUCAUCCAAGAAGUGAGACGUAACAUCAACAGAAGUGUCGACGUAGUGAAAGCACUAGCAAGGAAAGCAUGGGGAGCGCACCCAUCUACUCUAUUACAAAUCUACAAAGGACUCACCAGAGCAAGAGCAGACUGGGCAUGCUUUUGUACCCAAACAGCAUGUCAAACACUCAGAAAACAAGUAGAAAGAGGCCAAAACGCAGCGCUUAGAGUUGUUUUAGGCUGCUACCCAGCAACACCAAUAGUCGUCUUGCGAGAUUUAGCUAACCAACCAACUGCCGAGACUAGAGGGAAAGUUCUGACCAGCAGAUACCUAGCCAGAACAUACUGCUCCAAAUCCCACCCUCUAAAUCAAAAAUUAAUAGAAGCUGAAAACCUCAGAGAAAGGAAAUUUAUGACAAAGACCGGCGUAUCCUUCCUCCAUAAAGUAUGGAACGAAGAAAAACAAAACAUAUCCAAACUCGAAAGAUACGACAAACUACCCUGCUUUGAGAUACCACUGAAACCACAACUCGAACACAUAGAACAGAACAUCGAAAUAGGUAAAAAAAAUAAAAAAGAAAGAGGUAAACCCAGAAGAAUUUGA